AUGGGCACAAUUGUCGUUGUGGCCAGGGGAGGCCUGGGGGAUGGGGAAUACCACAAAUCUCAGUUUCUAGGGAAGCCCCCUGAAAAACAGAAUCUCUUUGGGGAAAGGCAGGUGCUUGUUGUUGUGGCCAUGGUGGAGUUGGAGCACCAAUGGUUAUGGGAUCUGCUUGUCUCUGGGCAGAUGGUGGAGCAGGUGGAGGUGGAGCAACAAUGGUUAUGGGAUCUGCUUGUCUCUGGGCAGAUGGUGGAGCAGGUGGUGGUGGUGGAGGUGGAGCACCAAUGGUUAUGGGAUCUGCUUGUAUCUGAGCAGAUGGUGGAGCAGGUGGUGGUGGAGCAGGUGGAGGUGGAGCACCAAUGGUUAUGGGAUCUGCUUGUAUCUGAGCAGAUGGUGGAGCAGGUGGAGGAGGUGGUGGAGGAGGGCCUUCGUUUCUCUUGA